UGCGUGAUUCCAUUUAUUUUCUAGGGAUGUAAACCAAAACUACUUCAUCAGUCACCUGACAUAUGCGGAAGCUGUCGCAGUUAGUCCUCUCUGUAUUUCUGUAGACCUUAUUGACUUUCAAAGUGACAGAACCAACAUGGUACUCAUCUAUCCUCUUCAAAUCGAACUUAACUUCUUAACAAAAUUGCUAUGGUGUUCAUGAGCUAACUUGCUUAUACUUUUACAAUGAUUUUUUGUUCUUCACCUUAGGAAGAGAUGUUCCGCGUUCUUGCACGGGUUAUAGAGCUCGAGACUUCAAGGUGUGCAACUACCAAUUCAACUAUCAUCCACCUAAUCCUUGUGGACGAGUAUGCAGAAUUUGAGGUCAUAUUUAGCUCCCAGUACCUUAGACGAAUUGUUGCACCGGUGAUUCCAAGAGAUAAUUUGUUACAUGUUGACUUCAACACCAUUCUAAACCAUCUUCAAGGAAAUCAGUACGAGUUGUUCCUGAAAGUUGGCCCAUGGAACCAGAUUGGGCAGUAUUGUGAAUUGGUGUUGCUAAAACUGUUCCCAUCUCCAGAUUAGUAACACUGCUGUAUAGAAUACAGCACGGUCCACAACGUAAUUGGAUACUUAUUUAUUUGAUUAGUAAUAUGCUAGGAUAUGUGAAUUGCGGACAACAGUCUUAGUUUGUUCAUAUUCUGCAUCACAACUACAAUUUUAUUUAUUUAUAUGAUUUAUAUGAUUGUAGGGCAUUGUAUCUUUAUAUAGUAGUAAUGACCAGGAUUUUUUGAAUCCUACUUUUAUCAUUAUUUUUCAUCACCCUAAUAUAUUUUUUUUCUUUCAUCAUACCUUUUCUUUUUCUAUAUUGAGAUCACUCAUACUGCCAUUCUAUUUCCAACAUUUAAUAUGUUCAUUUAGAAUUAAUUAAUCCUAUGUAA